CGCAAAGUUUGCGAGAGGAGCGCGGGAGAGAAGCGCCGCGCGGCCCAGCGGGAGUGGCGUGGCUCGCGCCAGGGUCGUUCCGCUGCAGGCUGCCGUCCGUCCGCGGUGCUCCUCGGAGACAGUGGGCCGCCUCCUGCCUCGGGGGAGCGGGCGUGGGCGCGGCGGCAGGUCGCGGCUUGGGCUGUCCGUGGGGCCGCCGCGCUCCUGACGGAGUGGAGUGGCCGCCGAGGUGAGCGGGAACGGAGCAAGCGCUGUGCGGUGUGCUGGUGGCGCAGCCUUCGGGCGGCCUCGGAGAAACAGAUCCGACCGCGCCCGGAGGACGGCCAGAACCCUGGAAGUCAGCCCGUGGGUCUCGGACCGCGGCCGCCGGUCCUGGGACCCAAGACGAUGACGGAGGAGCUGGACCUCGCGGGACAGGACUCUGAUGGGGGCAGCGAAGAAGUGGUCCUGACGCCGGCGGAGCUCAUCGAGAGGCUGGAGCAGGCCUGGAUGAAUGAGAAAUUUGCCCCUGAGCUGCUAGAAAGCAAGCCUGAAAUUGUAGAAUGUGUCAUGGAACAACUUGAUCAUAUGGAAGAAAAUCUCAGAAGAGCCAAGAAGGAAGACCUGAAGGUCAGUAUCCAUCGAAUGGAGAUGGAGAGGAUCCGCUAUGUCCUCAGCAGCUACUUGCGAUGUCGACUCAUGAAGAUAGAGAAGUUUUUCCCUCAUGUUCUGGAGAAGGAGAAGACCCGCCACGAAGGGGAACCUUCCAGCCUCUCUCCAGAAGAGUUCACCUUCGCCAAGGAGUACAUGGCUCACACCGAGACCUACCUGAAGAACGUGGCCUUGAAGCACAUGCCUCCUAACUUACAGAAGGUGGACCUCCUGAAGGCCGUUCCCAAGCCAGAUCUCGACUCAUACGUGUUUUUAAGAGUGAAAGAGCGACAGGAAAACAUACUGGUAGAACCCGAGGCAGAUGAGCAAAAGGACUACGUGAUUGACUUGGAGGAGGGCUCGCAGCACCUGAUCCGGUACAGAACCGUUGCCCCUCUCGUUGCUUUGGGAGCAGUGCAGCUGAUUUGAAGCUAACCGUGAACAAGCGUGAGGAUCCUUCCUCUUCGUGGGGCCUACGAGCAGUAACAGCCGUGCUCCAGACAGCGGGCGCUCAGCGUGCUUUGCAUGACCAGGAUGCAGGAAAGGAGCCGCGCGGCUGCUGACCUGCUGUGAACACUUCCUGCCGCCUUGCCCAUUGCUCUGUCCAUGCUGCACUCCAGGCAAAUAAAGAUUCUUGUUCUACA